UGUUAUGGACAAUCCUCAAUCGAUUUUGUUUAUCUUUGAUGGCUUAGAUGAAUAUAAGCAUCGUGAAAACCUUAUUAAAGACCAGUCAGAAUUCAACGGUUUGAAUGGAUUGAAAGAUGAAAUGCCCAUAACUGCUAUUUAUGCAAAACUUUUACAGAAGAAACUACUACCUGGUGCCACAAUUUUGACAACUUCAAGGCCAAAUGCUGUAGGCACUCUGAAAAUCUUAAAUGUACAAUCUGUCAGAGUUGUUGAAAUUUUGGGUUUUACUCCAGAAAAAGUCAAGUCAUACAUUGACAGGUUUUGUAAAGAUAAUGCAACCACAGCAAGCAAGAUUUGGCUGCACAUAGAAAGCAAUUUCAACCUAUUGUAUCUGUGUUACAUUCCAGUAAAUUGCUGGAUAAUCUGUUCCUUGUUAUAUGAUUUCAUCGCAAAACAUAGUAGUAGUUUGGAUAGCUUAGUGCUACCCACCACUCUAACUGACAUCUACAAAGGAGCAUUGCGGCUGUUUUUGUUCAAGCACAGUCCAAAAGAUCAACAACAAAUAUCUAUCAGUGACUAUACUAACAAUACAUUUUCAACCACAAUUGAGGAAGUACUCUCCAAACUAGGAAAGCUUGCAAUAAAAGGAAUGGAAAAUGAACAACUGGUUUUUGAAGAAGUAGAGGUUCAAGGAUUGGAAAACUGUGGUUUUCUCAACUGCAUGCCAAAUAAAACAAAUCCUGCAUUAGGAUUUGCUAUGGCAUCGCAGUAUUGUUUUAUUCAUUUGACACUUCAAGAGUUUCUUGCUGCCAGAGAAAUUGCAAAGACAGAUGACCUCAAUGAGGUUGUUCAGUUUAUCAAUGAUAAAGCAGAAGAUCAUAACUGGUAUCUUGUAAUACAAUUUGUAGCAGGACUAUUGAAAAAACACACUUUUGAAGUUUCAAUGUGCUUUGAGGACAUGCUUUGCCACUCAUUAAUUCAAGGAAAUAAAGAUGAUUUAGUUUUACUUAUUCUCAAAUGCUUUUACGAGCUGAGCAAUGAAGAAGCUGCUGAGAGAGCUGCGAGAAAACUGGAAUCUUGUAAGGAAUUCAGUGGUUCCAUAACUUUCUUUGACGUUGCAAUUCCUGAUUGUACAGCUAUUGUUUUUGUUUUAAGGCACUGCAUGACUCGACUGGUCUCACUUUCAAUUGAGUACAGUUUGGAUUUUGGUGAUUAUGGUUGCUCAGAACUUAUGAAGAUUUUCGUCUGUAAAGUAAGUGACAGCCACAAACAGGAAAGCUCUCAUCUCACCCAGUUGGACUUGUCCUGUAAUAAAAUAACUGAUCAAGGUGUAUUACACCUGAGUGAUGCACUGAAAAGUGAAAACUGUCAUCUCACCCAGUUGGACUUACACCUGAGUGAUGCACUGAAAAGUGAAAACUGUCAUCUCACCAAGUUGGACUUGUCUGAAAAUCAAAUAACUGAUCAAGGUGUAUUACAGCUGAGUGAUGCACUGAAAAGUGAAAACUGUCAUCUCACCCAGUUGAACUUGAACUAUGCACUGAAAAGUGAAGAAACUGUCGUCCAAAAUUUGGAUUACUUAGAGUUUAACUUCAUAGGUAUUCGAGCUAAGAAAAUGAACUGAGUAGCAAGAUUGGACUCUAAUUGCGAUCAUCAGUAUAGUAGCUUCUAUACUAUUACAAUACUAGCAGAGACGUGUUCGCUUUUCGAACAAAAUAUGGACGUUGAAUGAAAUACUUGUUGCAUAGCCUAGUGUGACUAGUGUCUUCAGCCUACCUCUAGCCGGUUACAUAUCUAUUUUACAGGUAUAUUUUUUCACACUUGGACUCUAUUAUUGACUAUCAUCAAGCACUUGAUGACCUCCAUCAAGCAACUCAGUAGAUUAACUCCAGAAUUUGAGUAAUUCAAAAACAAAUAACAAAACAAAACAAAAACAGCGGUUUUUCACUUUGAAUAUUGUGAGAUCAGUUUCUGGUGAAAACAAAAGAAAUCCACCAUGUUCUAUCGCAUAGAUUAUUUAUAUUUCAGGGCGAUGAUCAUAAUACUUGUAGUAGAGUGCACGUCACAUAAGCAUGAAACAAUUCUUAACUAAUUAGCACCUAAUAAGAUUUAGUUAUCAACUAACUAAGAAUUUAGUGAGGCAUAAACAAAGACAAGUGUCCUUUCUGGCAUUGUGUUCAUGCUCCAGUGAAUUCUUAGUUAGUUGAUAACUAAAUCUUAUUAGAUGUUGAUAGUUAAGAAUUGAAGGGGAGGCUGCGGAAAUGGCUUUUCAGGGUAUUUUUGAAAUUCUCGAUAAAUUAAAAAUAAGUCACUUCAAUCGAGUA